AACUAGGAAUCAUGUUCAGCUCUUAGAUUGUGAAAAUCUAUACUAGAUUCAUUAUUUCGUCGACUAAAUUUGUGGGAAGACAAAAUUUUCAUUUUUUUUUGAGUUCAUUAUUUACACAGCAAAUUAAUUCAUCAUGUUUCACAACAAAUUAUCAUUAUGUAAUAGUUCAUAGUGUAAAUUAUAAACAGGGUUUGUAGGGUCAUCCAAGAAAGUUUAUUUAUUUAUUGUAUUGUAUAAAUUAAGUUACAAUAUCGAUAUAUCAUCAUUUCAUGAAAAUGUUGUCUUACCUGGAGCCUUGUGUUUGGCAGGCAAAUUUUGCUGGACUUGAUUAUGAGCUUAACAAUCAUCAACAACAACAAGAUUCAAUGAAUCAAGAAAUGGGAGCAACAUCUGCAGAUCAGAACAGCAGCCAAAUCGUAGAAUACAUGCUGCAUAAUCCACCACAACACCACCAACCAUCAUCCAACUUUUGCGGGUCGAAUUCAUUUGACAAGUUGAGUUUUGCAGAUGUGAUGCAGUUUGCAGACUUGGGCCCCAAACUGGGGUUGAAUCAAGGCAAGACAUCCGAGGAGGAAGGCGGGAUCGACCCCGUCUUCUUCCUCAAAUUCCCGGUCUUGAACGACCAUCACAAGGUGCAGCAAGAUGACGAGAACCAACACCUCUCUUUGAGAGAAGAUGAGCAAGGUGGUGACGAUGAUGGAGAUCGAGUGGAGGAGAAUGCGCAGCUGAGAUUUGUUGGUGAGAAUCUUGAAAAAGUAGAAGGGAAGAGCAAGAGGAAGAGGCCUCGAACUUCAAAGACUAUUGAAGAAGUUGAGAGCCAAAGAAUGACUCAUAUUGCUGUCGAAAGGAAUAGAAGGAAGCAAAUGAAUGAACAUCUUCGUGUCUUGAGGUCUCUCAUGCCUAGCUCCUACGUUCAAAGGGGUGAUCAAGCAUCUAUAAUUGGUGGGGCGAUUGAGUUUGUGAGAGAGCUGGAGCAGCUCCUCCAAUGCCUGGAGUCGCAGAAGAGGCGGCGGCUGUACGGGGAUGGGGGGAGGCCGGCCGGAGAUCCGUCGUCCAUGGGUGUGCAGCAGCCUCAGAUGUUCCCUCCAAUGGCUAUUCCAAAUGAUCAAGGCUUUGAAACUGCAGGAUUGCAAGAAGAAAGCGCAGAGAGCAAGUCAUGUUUAGCAGAUGUGGAGGUGAAGCUUUUAGGGUUUGAUGCUUUGAUCAAGAUUCUGUCGAGGAGAAGGCAUGGACAGCUCAUCAAAACUAUUGCUGCCCUUGAAGAUUUGCACCUCACUAUUCUGCAUACUAAUAUUACUACUAUUGAACAAACUGUUCUUUAUUCUUUCAAUAUCAAGAUUAAUGGAGAGGCAAGGUUCACAGCUGAUGAUCUGGCAAACUCAGUUCAACAAAUUUUCAGUUUUAUCCAUGCAAACAAUAGCAUAUAAUAGAAUUAAGAUAUUUAUCUAUAUAUAUAUGAUAUUUGUAUGAAUGUGUGUGAACCGAGAUAAUCUUAGAUCUAUGUAGUUUUUUUGUUCACAUUCUUAUAUUUAUAUCUAUUUUUAUAUAAAUAUUUACAUAUA